GCAACUAGUAAUGUCUUGGGAAAGGCGCUAGUGCGCAGGCGUGCCGCUGUAAGAACGCCGUGACGCACAAUUUAGGCAGUUCCAGGGAGGCCGAGUGUGGAGAGACUUGGGGUGUAACCAGGACUGGAGCGGAAUGGCGGACCCGGAGCUGGAGGCGAUUCGCAGGCAGCGCAUGUCAGAGCUGCAGAGUAAACAUGGGGAUGCUGGGAACGAUCAGUCUCAACAGGAAGCCAAACAAAGAGAAGAUGACAUGAGAAAUAAUAUUUUGGCUCAAGUUCUCAGUCAGGCAGCACGGGCCAGGUUGAAUAAUCUGGCACUUGUUAAACCAGAGAAAGCCAAAGCUGUUGAGAAUUAUCUUAUACAAAUGGCAAGAUUUGGACAACUUGGUGGCAAAUUGUCGGAAGAUGGAUUAAUAGAAAUUUUGGAAAAAGUGAGUCAGCAGACAGAGAAGAAGAUUACAGUGAAGUUCAACAGAAGAAAAGUAAUGGAUUCAGAUGAAGAUGAAGACUACUGAUUAAUAGCCGAGAUGUUAAACAACGAGGCCUUUGAUGUGAUUGAGCUUUCAAGCACUGCAUGCUUUUUCAAAAACAGGCAUUGAGAUUCUUUAAAGGAACAGUAACACCAAAAAAUUAAAGUGCUUUAAAGUAAUGAAAAUAUCAUGUAGUAUAAGCUACACAAUAGCUUAUUUGUAUAAACAAUAGUCGUGUUUCUUAAGCAAACACAGCAGUUUUACCAGUGCAGGGCAACACUGCAUUAUAUUUUCAUUACUUUAAAAAAUUUUAUUUUUUGACGUUACUUUAAGUUAAGAACAUGACUGAAAAAGACAUUACAUUUUCUAAAUUAAACAACCAGUCUUCGUUAGAAAUUUUUUUUUAUGGCUUGUACAUAAGGCGAGGAAUAUUGUAUGCACUCUAUGCUAUACAUCCGUCUCCUGGAACGUUAUCAACCAUUUAUAUGUUAAAUUAUUUGAACUGCACACAUCAUUUUCCCUCACCAAACUUGUUCUGAAAUUUCAAGAACUUGUUUUAAAAAAUUUUUUCCUAGAAGUGUGACUAACAUUUGACACAUAUUUUAGACAUGCUCAGACAAUAAAGGUUACAUUUUGUGGUGCA